AAAACUCUGUUCAUACCAAAUGGCCACAGCAACCAAGGCGAGUAAAAAUUUCUACAGACUAUUUGUGGGUAAUUUACCUUGGACAGUUAGUCAUCAACAAUUAAAAGUGUAUUUCAAAGAUUUUGGACGUGUGAUCAACGCCAAUGUUAUUUUUGACAAAAAGACCGGUAUGUCAAGAGGUUAUGGAUUUGUUACUGUGAAUAGUUUGAAAGCCGUAGAAAAAAUUGAAAACGAACAAAAGCACGUCUUGGAAGGCAAUUAUUUGAAUAUACAGAAAACAUAAACACAAAGAGCAAUAUUUAACAUUGCCAGCAUUUAGUUUGAUAAGUGAAAAUAAUUAAAAGAAAAUAUAAUAUAAAUAAAAUAAAAGCAGAGAAUA